AAGUGUCGCUACGCAUUUGACAUUGACAGUGUUAAAACUUCCAUGGUGCUCCUAUUCCUGGCAUCGUUCAAGCUUCUAUGGCGCUCCUAUUCCCGGUGAGAAGCUCGACACCCGUAUAGAAAGUGGCGCCUUUCUUUAGUCGAGGCAUUUUACCUGAGUUGUGGUUGUUUGUGAGCCUAUCGAUCGCAACCGGUUUGUGAAGUUCGCUCUCACCGUCUCGUCCGUAAGAAGGCUUCACAGAGUCCUUGGUAUUACCUACCGACACUUUGGCCAGAUAACCAUUGUCUUCUCGACCUCAGAAUGCCUGUACUGACUGUGAACACCAACGUGCCCGCUGAUAGGAUACCGGCUGACUUCCUUGAAACUUCCUCAAAAAUAGUCGCUGAUACGCUUGGAAAGCCUAUCUCUUACGUAAUGGUGCACAUUGCAGCCGGCCAGCAGAUGUCGUUCGCAGGAGACCGUGCCACUCCAUGUGCGAACUGUACGCUGUCUUCUAUUGGCUGCAUUUCAGCUUCGCAAAACAAGAAGACGUCAAAGGCUAUAAGUGACCUCCUCGAUUCGAAAUUGGCUAUUCCCUCCGACAGGAUGUACAUCAACUUUGUUGAUCUUCAACCAUGCAAUGUUGGUUUUAACGGGUCGACGUUCUGAAGGCUUCUUUCAGAGGAUAUUUUUUUUGUUGAAAUGUCUCUCAAUAAUGAAAAUAAUGCACUUGGUGCAAGCGACAAUAAAUUUCGACAUUCAGAAAUUGUUUUUUACAAUAGUGUUAAAGUAUAAAAAGUAACAAGAUGCUGCUAUUUUAUAGUUACUGAUCGUUCGUUGAGCACCAUUUAGAAUUAAAAAAUCGAUCUAUAAGGCGCUAACAAAACACGUUGAGUUUGUGAAUGGCACGUGCACUGGUUCGGUUUUCAAUCAUAUUUCACGCAUUUCAUGCAAAUUUACAAGUAAGUCAAAAUAAAUCUAAAUAUACGCACACAGGUUAACGCUA